AUGCCCGCCCCGACAGCGGUCAAGCCCACAGCGGCUAUCCAAGAUGGCGCAGCCGUCACCCCUGUUGCCGAUGGCAGCAGCAGCAUGACAGUUGAGGCAAACCAGACCGAGGACUUUAUGCUGGAUACGACGGAUCAGACGCUGCCGGCUGCCGGCGACAUCGCCGCCCCGACCGAGGAGAACACAGAAAUGGCGGUCGAUGAGGAGUCAAGGCCAAGGUUUGCCGCGGCAAAGGACGUCGGGCCGUCGGUCAUGAAAGAGACCAGGAAGGUGCCGAUUCCGCCGCACCGGAUGACGCCGCUCAAGAAAGACUGGACGCAAAUAUACGAGGCGCUGGUUGAACACUUGAAGCUGCAGGUGCGCGUAAACACGAGGACAAAGGCUGUCGAGCUGAGGACGUCAGAGCACACAACCGAGGCUGGAUCUCUACAGAAAGGCGAGGACUUUGUCAAGGCGUACACUCUGGGAUUCGAAGUCCAGGAUGCCAUUGCCCUGAUCAGGGUACCGGAGUUGUAUAUUCAAACCUUUGAAAUUAAGGACGUCAAAUCCUUGACGGGUGACCAUCUUGCUCGUGGUGUUGGUCGUAUUGCUGGCAAGGAUGGCAAGACAAAGUUUGCUAUUGAGAAUGCGUCUCGCACACGUAUCGUGCUAGCAGACAGCAAGAUCCACAUUCUGGGUAGCUUCAGGAACGUCAGGAUGGCUCAGGAGAGCAUUGUGGACCUGAUUCUUGGCAAGCCCCCUAGCAAAGUUUAUGGCAACCUCAGGACCAUCAGCGCCCGGCAAAAGGAGAGGUUCUGA